UUUUCAAAUUCUAAUUCGUUUUAAUUAACUGGGUUCGGAUUUUGAUUAAUGAGAAAUUAAUUUAUUUCUAAUUAGUUGAAUUGUUUGAUUGUUCUUUUAAUUGGCUAAAAUUGGUUAAUUGUUCCUUUGAAUUUUGUGUGAUUGUGUUUGAAGAGCCGAUGAUUCUUGUGUUCAUUUUGAAAGGAUUGUUGUUGUUAAAUUUUAAUUACUAUUUAUAAUUAGUUUCAAUCAUUCACUGUUAACCUUGUGAUGUUUUUGUUGUUUUUUUUAUGUCAACAUUAAUUGAUUGAUUGAUUGACAAGACAAAUGAGAACCUCUGGAUUUUCAAUUAACCAACUAUAUUUUAUUUUCAUCUAACGUUUCCUGGUCAUUGUUUCAAUCUUCAUUUCAGACUUAAAUUUGAUGAAAAUUUAGUAAUCAAAAUGCCAAUAGUAUCUCAUAUACCUGAUCAUGUUUUGGUCAUAAUAUUUUCAUAUCUUAAAACUUUAAGAGAGACCAACAAUGUACGUUUAGUUUGUCGUCACUGGAAUGAACUAAUUCUCAACUUUUGGUAAAAGGAGAAAUUAACUCUCGAUAAGUACAUUGAAUCUCCUCAAUCAUUUUCAGAAUAUGUCACUGCCUUAUCGAAAAGACAUCCAAAAGUCAAGGAAAUUACAAUUGAACCGGUCGAUACAUCAACCACUCCAAAUAUAGUCGAGAACGUACCUUGUCAUUACUCUUCCAUAGGAAAAAUGUUCCCUCGGCUUGAAAAGUUAAUCUUUUACGACACCAUAAUGGAAGAUGCUGCUCUCAUGGCGAUCGUUAAAGCUUGUACCAACUUACGGCACAUGUGCUUAUACUCUUGUUACGAGAUUCAGGAUACCGGGAUAAUCAAAGCUCUUCGAAGUGCUCCUCAAAUCAAGGAAUUAGAAAUAAUUGGUUGUCCUGAAGUUGGUUCGAGCAUCGCUGUUCAUUGUAGAAAUUUAUCUCAUCUCUGUUUUGAAGAGUCUCCGUUUGAUAAUACUACUUGGAUUCAAUUGUCGGACGCUGGUGGUAAAAAUAAUUUGGAAAAACUCGCCUGCACUCCGAUGAAAUAUGAUAGACUUUGUUUACUCAGUCAAAAGUUUCCCCAAUUGAAACAAUUAUACAUCUCUGAAUUUGACGAUGAAGAUCAUUUUAAUCAAUCAGAUUACAUUGGUUUUCCAUUAUUAGAAAAAUUAUGUAUAACUUAUGGUAGUGUCUCAACUAGUGAAAAUCUUUACCACAUCAUUUCAAAGUGUCCAUCAUUGAAAAUCCUUUGGAUUUGGAACUGUGUCAACAAAUCAAUCGGAGUUUUCAUCGAUGAAUUAAUGGGCCGAAUAGAAGAUAACAUAAUCCAUCUCAUCAUGGACGAUUUAAAGGCCAGUCAACUUGAGGCAAUAAACUUGCGACACUUCACAAAACUGAGAAAAUUAACAAUAAUCGGAACAACUCUUACAAACUCGAUAAUUCAACGGAUAAUCGAUUCCUGUCCAUGUUUAACACAACUUGACAUCAUUGACGCUGUUCCACCUUCUACUUUGGAUAUAAAAGCGACUCAUGAGGACUUUUGGCUAAGCACUCAGCCCAUAACGAUGAGAGCGUCUUGUAUCAACAUAGAGCCACCUUUUCGAGUUAAUUACAAAACUGCCGGAGACUUUUACGAAGGUCCAAUACUCGAGUUAAAUUUCGACCCACAAAGACCUAAGUAUUAUUACCGAAGACAAAAUUAAUCGAAUGCAAUUUAAAAAAGACGAAAAAUUUAUUUCUUUCAUAUUCAAUACAACCAUGAUUUCAUGAGUUUAACCACAAUUGUGAUUUCCAAGAGUCUUAUAUUUUAAAUCCAAGAAAAUAACAAAACAAAUCAACUUUUUAAAGAUGAUGAUUUAAAUUGAUUGUUCAACCUUGAGGAAUUUUAUUCAAGUGAUUAAUCGUUUAAGGUACCAACUUAAUCAUCAAUGGCCUUCAAUUGUUUAUUGUAUUUCUCAGUGAAAAUCCUCUUCCUUUCAUGGUACCUUGCCAAUUCUUGGUGACUGAAAUUCUGUGACAAUCAAAUUAAAUUGUUAAACAAAAUGAAUCGCAAUUCAUGUUAACUUACCAAA